GCUCACGCGCCGUUACCUUUCCCUUUUCUCCCGCAAUUAUUUUUCACCUCUCUUUAACUUAACCAAUAAGACUCGUGGGAACUAGAGUUUGACAGCCAUUCCUCCCUUCACCAGUUCCCCUCUUCACUUUCCCUCUUCCGCGGCUCCGAUUUCCCGAUUUCCGUUCUAAUUUCCACCACAAAUCCGACUCGAUUCGGCUCUCGUCCUGCAGUUUCAGUUCGAAUUCUGCCUUCUCUGAUAGAGAUCCAGUGCUGCGGGAAUUUUGGUCUUGCGACUUUUCCGCGUAGCGAUUUUAGGGCUUGGGACCGGAGGGAGAAGAAAUGAAAAUGGAGGUGUCGAUGCAGUCGCUGCCCCUGGGGUUUCGAUUCCGGCCUACGGAUGAAGAACUCGUCAAUCACUAUCUUAGGAAGAAGAUCAACGGCCGUAAUAUGGAGGUCCAGGUUAUCCCUGAGAUAGAUGUUUGCAAAUGGGAGCCCUGGGAUCUUCCUGGUCUGUCCGUGAUCAAGACGGAUGAUCCAGAGUGGUUUUUCUUCUGCCCCCGCGACCGUAAGUACCCAAAUGGGCAGCGUUCAAACAGGGCUACUGAAGCUGGAUACUGGAAAGCUACAGGGAAGGAUCGUACUAUCAAGUCCAGAAAGACCGGCUGUAACCCAAUCCCAAUCGGCAUGAAGAAGACGUUGGUCUUUUACAGGGGCCGUGCCCCCAAGGGUGAGCGCACUCACUGGAUUAUGCACGAGUAUCGUCCUACUCUGAAAGAUCUCGAUGGCACCGGACCCGGCCAGACUGCGUAUGUCCUUUGUCGCUUGUUCCGAAAGGAAGAGUUGAUCAAUGUUGGGAAAUAUGGUGAUGUGGAGCAAACUGGCUACUCUCCUACCACCACCAAGUCUUCCCCAGAUGAUGAUGAUGCAUCGUGCGACAACAUGACCCCUACUGCUUUGAUACCUCCUACUGAUAGCAGCUGCAACAAUAGUCAUAUGAAUUCAGAUGUGGAAGAUCAUGGAGCUGACCCAAAUGCCGGGGAGGGCAAUGCACUGGCGGUGGACGGAAGUUCUCAUCCCGAUGAGCUCACAUCUGGCAGGGUCGAUUGCAAAGUCUUCUCCCCAAUGCAGCCCAAUCCUUAUGGGGACUUGGGACUUGGUUUUGAGCCACAGUAUGCCAAUGACUUUGGUGAUGACCUUAAUGGACUCCUUUUUCAAGAUGGCACAAGUGAACAAGAUCUAUCCCUCACCGAGUUGUUGGAUGAGGUCUUCAAUGGUCACGAUGAUUGGUCUUGUGAAGUAGCCUCCAGUGAGAAGAAACCAGUCCUACAGCUAGAUAACUUCCAUGUAAUUGAUGGUAAUCAUCCCUACACGGAUAUGGAUACAAAAAUGACUAAAGAACAGAUGGAUUCUUCUUUUGGAUCUUUUGGCGCACAAAAACCGUUCUUUGACGGGCAAAUUGGAAGCAGAAAUGUUGGUGACCUCAGAGAUGGUUUUGCAAGCCAAGUUGCUGCACGUGGUACUGAUUCCACAACAAGCACGUCCUUUGAAAUGUUCCAAGCAGUGGAUAACUCUGUAAGCUUUAGCAACGAUAUUGGUGGGAGUACAGGAGUCGAGAUUAGAACACGGCAGGCCCAAGCUCAAUCAUAUUCGGACAACUUCCUCCCUCAGGGUACUGCUCCAAGGAGACUACGGCUGCAGGCAAAAUUCUCUACUGGGCACAGUGGAACUGGCCAAGUGAGAGACACCAGCUGCUUGGAGGAUGAAGAUGAAGUGCAAUCAUCACUGACCGAGAACCAAGAUGAGACUGCUGAUGAGCAACUAAAAGAAGACGGCCAUUUUGACAAGAGCAGCAGCGCGGGGAACACGACCUUGAGACAGCGGGUGAAAGGGGAUCGUGACGGGUUUGCUGAGAAGGGUUCCCUUGGUGUCACAAGUGCAGGUUCAGAUUCUGUGACUUGUGUGAAGGGUGGGUUUAGAACGGCUUGGGUGAUCGGUAUAUCUGGAGCCCUGUUUCUGGCGGUUGGUUUGGUUGGGAUAUGCGGAUUUCUAUGGUCGUGAUGGCAGAUUCCUGGUGCGGGGGAAAGCAAUUCUAGUGAGGCUCAUAGUCAACCAACUUAGUGGUUUUGAUUUUUCGUUCUGCUUUGUUGUGAUUUGUUAAUAGUGGUUUUUAGUCUUUAAGAGGUGGGUCUGAUGCAGGACAUAGAGUAUAGUAUGGAAUUUAGUACAAAAAACAGAGAAUGAUGUGGUUAGGACCCGACUAGUUUUCCCCCGUGGUUUUGUUGUUCUCUCUAUUAUUCUGACUAGACAAUCUAAUCAUCUUAUAUUAGAACUUUAUGGUUGUAGGCCGACUCAUCAGCUUCAUAAUAAAUGUGUGUAAAUCAAGGUGAUUUACCCAGGGCCGAAACAGAUUGGUCGAACCGGAUUCAAUAGCAGAUGACUUCACCAGACCAGGGUCCAUGAAAUCGUACUGGAGAUCGUAUCGGAAAAGUCAGUGGUAAGAUAUUUUAUGAUAAAAAUUUGUGGUUUAAUCGUAAUUCAAUCGUUAGUACAGUUAAAUAUCGCCUACCGGUUUAGCCUCUAAUACUGGUAUUUCGUUGUUGAAUCUCCGACAAACUCGUUUUGUGUUGGUAAUACACUUCCCCAAGCAGGAUGGAAGUAACUACUCGAUGGCUUCAAGAUCAAGAGCAUAAAUUUUACUGGAAAUAUCUGAACUGGGCCUAGGACACACAAAAAAAUCGCAUAAGUGGAUUGAAUCGUCUUUGAUUCAAUGAACUGGAUUAGUAUUGGCAUCUCUGUGGGCUAUUCUGGGGCCCGUUUCGUUAGGUUGAUUCUAGCCUCCUCCGGAGCAGGCCCACUGGUUGGUCUUGACUCUUGACUCUUCCGAUUUUCCAUUCACACAAGAAUAAUAAUGCAAUUAUUUAUAUUAGUUAAUGAAUCAGGUAACGACGAAUCAUAAAACAGGUGGCGGCCGUGGGAAGUGAUUAGGGUCUUCUCUCGAAACUACCAAAAUCCAAAACCCCUUUCUUCCAUUAAAGCCCGAGAGAGAGAGAGAGGAAUCGGAGAGGCAGUGUUAAGUGCAUUUGGCCGAUACAGUUAUCACUCUCCAGAUCCACUCAUAUUUUGGGGUAUUGGAUCGGUUUUGUUGAUCGGAAUUUUAUAGAUAUGAUACUGGUGGCAGUGGUGGCGGAGCUGCUGGAGGAGUACACGGCGGUGGUGGCGAGGGUGCUUGAGCACCUGCUUCACGACGCUCCUUUCCCUCGCCGGGUUCGUUUCCUCAUUCUUCGCCGACUUCCGUUCGUCUCUCCGUCUUCUUCUCCUCCUCGUCUCUUUUAACUAAUUCGCCAUUCUAUUAGUUAAUUAAUUUCCUUCCUUCCUACCUCCCUCCUGUUCCUGUACAAAUUAAUUCAAUUUUAAUUUCCUUUCGAGUUUGUGUCUCUCCCCCUUUCCCAUUUUCCGUUGUAUUCAUUCCCUUCUUCGUCGUGUUCUGGUGGUCGCCGGCCGGCCGGGUUCAUGAACCGACUGCGUCGUUUUAAUGAGGAUGUUGUGAUUGACUUCAUUGGAAGAGAUUGAUCAAUACGACGUCGUUGCUAGUGUUGCCUUUUGUCAUUAUUUUUUUUAAUGAAUAUCAGAUGGUAGUGCAAAUAAUAAUGCCAGCUUGAUUGUUUUAGUAUUAUCAUUUUCGAUGACAUUCUAUCCUUAUCGAGGUGUGUGAUGUCCCGUAGACCGUAGCCAAUCGCCACCCCACAACAGAUAAUUAUAGGAAUAAAAUAAUUAUUCAACUGAAUAACGAAUAAAUUAAGGAUAACGUC